CUAAAGCUUCUGACUGGAGUACUGAGGCUUACUAUAUUCAGCAGCUUGCCUCUGAAGCACUUAAUGGCAGAUGCUCCCUACAUUACUGUGACAAGUCUUUUAAGUUCUGUGCUCAAGUGUGACACCUCCGCCUUCCAAUGACGAUGGUAAUCAGGAUCAUGCGACCUGAUGAUGCCAACAUCGCAGGCAAUGUCCAUGGAGGUACAAUAUUGAAGAUGAUAGAAGAGGCUGGAGUCAUCAUUAGUACCAGGCACUGCAACAGGCAGAAUGAGUUAUGAGGACAUCGUCAAGGUAUACUACAACCCGUGGUAAUCCCUGUAACAAACUCUCCAUCGUCCUUUGAAAUAUUGCACAUGCCGAGGAUGCGCCAAAAGACCUGAGGCACGGGAUGUAUCAAGUCCAGUCCUCCAUGGAGGAUUCAAGUGGGUCAAUCCUCCCUAAGAGAGCUACCCUGGAACGCUGUGUAGCUGUACUGGCUCGUGUGGAGCGCACAGACUUUCUCUCACCAAUGUCCAUUGGAGACGUAGCUCAUGUCAGCGCUGAGAUAACCUACACAUCAAAGCACUCUGUUGAGGUCCAAGUUAACGUGAUGGCUGAAAAUAUUCUUAAAGGUGCUAAGCGAUUGACCAACAGAGCAACACUGUGGUACGUGGCACUGUCCUUGGAGAAUGUAGAUAAAGUGGUCGAGGUUCCUUCUAUACAGUAUACAAGUCCAGAACAGCAGGAGGAAGGUAAAAAGAGGUACGAAGCUCAGAAACUGGACCGACUAGAGACCAAGCAAAGGAGCGAAGAUAUCAUCUUGCCUGUCAUCAGUGUGGACCGACAAUCUAAAGAGCCAUAUACUGUAGGAUACAGCCAAUCUAGCCUGAUUCACCUUGUUGGACCAUCUGACUGUGCCCUCCACAAAUUUGUCCAAGGAGGUGUCACUAUGAAGCUGAUGGAUGAGGUGGCUGGCAUUGUGGCAGCUCGGCAUUGCAAGACUAACAUUGUGACUGCAUCUGUGGACGCCAUCAACUUUCACCAGAAGAUUCAGAAAGGGUCUGUAAUUACCGUGUCUGGUCGAAUGACGUUUACCAGUAAUAAAUCCAUGGAGAUUGAAGUUUUUGUGGAUAUUGACCAUGUCAUGGAAAGUCCGAAAGGAAAGACUCCUGCCGCGACUGCGUUCUUCACUUAUGUUUCCUUGGACAAGGAAGGAAAGGCACUUCCUAUCCCUAUGUUGAAGACUGAAACAGAAGAUGAAAAGAGACGGUUUGAAGAAGGAAGAAACAGAUACUUACAUACCAAAGCCAAAAGGAUGGCUCAAGUACAGAAAGGCCACUGCCUCCCAAUCCAUGAGUAACUCAAGACAGCUAACAAGAAGUAAUUCACAUUCAGCAUUGUAUUACUUGAAAAAUGUUUAAGUCUUAAAUGUUAACCAAAGCACUGUUGUGUACUAUUAUUCUAUUGAAGCAAAACUAUGCAUUCCAUUCAGAUGUUUGUGUUUGCAGGUAUUAUAUUAAAAUAUAUCAUUACAGAAAUAAAUGCUGCCAGGCUUUGGCUUAUGAAAAGA